AAAAAAAAAAAUAAAAAAAAUAUAUCUAACCUGAUCUAACCUGUGCUAACCUGUAGCAAUUAGCAAAUAGUGUGCACAUGUGCUCAUUUUAGUCUAAAAAAAAUCAUUGACGUUGUUGAUAAAUUAAAGUGUAUAUAAUAAUUAAGAAAUUAUUAAAAUGUCAAGAAGACCAGAACACUUGGCUCCACCGGAGAUUUUUUAUAAUGAAGAGGAAGCAAGAAAAUAUACUCAAAAUUCACGAAUGAUGGAGAUCCAAGAAACCAUGUGUGAAAGAGCUAUGGAAUUACUUUUACUUCCAGAAGAUGAGCCAUGUUUUCUUCUUGAUAUUGGAUGUGGUUCUGGACUUAGUGGUUCUGUUCUAGAAGAACAAGGUCAUAUUUGGGUUGGUGUUGAUAUUUCUUCUGCCAUGUUGAAUGUUGCACUGGAGAGAGAAGUUGAAGGUGAUCUUAUUCUUGGUGAUAUGGGUGAUGGUAUGCCAUUUAAAGCUGGAUCAUUUGAUGGUGCUGUUAGUAUAUCAGCACUUCAAUGGCUUUGUAAUGCUGAUAAAAAAAGUCACAAUCCAGUAAAACGUAUGAAUAAAUUUUUUACAUCAUUAUUUGCGUGUUUAUCAAGAACAGCAAGAGCUGUUUUUCAAUUUUAUCCAGAAAAUAGUGAUCAAAUUGAUAUUGUUACAACACAAGCAACAAAAGCUGGUUUUUAUGGUGGUGUUGUUGUUGAUUAUCCAAACAGUACAAAAGCUAAAAAAUUCUUUUUAGUAUUAAUGACUGGUGGUGCAAUGCCAAUGCCAAAAGCACUUGGUGAUGAACGUGAUAGUUCGACUAUUAGUUACACCAAAAAAAGAGAACAAGAAAAAAAAGCUAAAGGCAAACCAUUAAAAAAAUCAAGAAAUUGGAUUAUUGAAAAAAAAGAAAGAAGAGCUAGACAAGGAAAAGAAGCUCGAGAAACUACCAAAUACACUGGUAGAAAACGAAGUGGAAGAUUUUAAUUUAUAAAAAAUCUAGCUUAU